UCUCUCUCUCUCUCUCUCUCUCUCUCUCUCUCUCUCUUCUUUGUCAUUUAAAGGAUGAAAGUAUCUCUCCGUGGACUUUAUUGUCUACCCUAAUUUAGGAAAUUUUAGUUUUUUUUUUUUUUUGUCUCUUGUUGUAAUAAAUCGGAAAUUGUAAAUUUUUUUUCUCUGUUGAAACUUUUUAGAUCAUCAAUUAAUGGAAAAAAAAUUCAGUAGUAUGCAGGCUGAGGCUGUAAUUUUUUUUUUUUACUUGGGUUUAUCUAAUUAGUGUAGUUUAUCGUGAAAAUAGUGGUAAUCAUGGGGAUAAUAGAGUUUGGGCUUAUAAAUUUCCUUGUAGUUUUGGUUUUUCCUUUUGGUUUAUAAUUGUUUUUAGAUGGAAAUGAGCUUUAGAAGAGAGUAAAGAGAGAAUUUUUAUAUGUAAUAUAUGUAUUGAAUAUGUAUGGUUGAAUGUGUUUGUUAUGGACGUUUGAGAAUGGCCUUGUGUUUGUUUUGGGUUUCAGUUUCAAAGGCGUUCCACUCGAGAUGGAGAAAUUCAUGUGAUUUAUAGGCCCCAUUUUUCCUUUGAAUUUUUAUUGAUUUAUUUUUAAUUGAUUGGAUUUCUUAUCCAAUAUCUUUUGAUGCGCACUCAAUUUUUUGUUUAAUACAAGAGUUUUGUUUAUUAUCAAAAAAAAGAAGAGAGAAUGGCCUUGUGUUCCAAAUCUGAAACUAAAGAGAACUACCCAAAAGUGAGUAAGGUAAAAUUCCGAUUUGUAUUGAAUUGGAUGGGUGUACAGGAUACUACUUUGAUUCGUUUUGAUACUUUUUUUUUCAAGCUAAUUCAUGUUCUUGUAAAUGGGUUUUCUUAUUUAGGCCAACAUUUAAUGUUUUAAGCUUUCUGUAGCUAGCCAUAAUUGAGUUUGCAUAUGAGAUUCUGAAGGUCUUUAUGUUAUACUGUGAUUUUUCAAAUAUAGAAGUUUAUUCCUGCAGUAUGAUUUUCAUGGUUUCUUGAAUUUUAGUUAAAACCAAAAAGAAAUAAAAGAAAAUUUCACUUUUGUUCUCUAAUCGUAAAUUCUGUUGGUUUUGUUUUUGGAAUAUGGGGUUGGACAACUGGAAGAUGACAGUGGAGAUUUUGUGUGCAGUUGAUUUACUUACUAUGAGAGUUUGUUCAUGUGAUGAUACUGGAUGUUUUUGUUUAAUUCACUUAGCUUUCCUUUUCUUGUUUAAUAAUGUUUCUGGAAUGAAGAAAGCAAAGGCAAAGGAUAUUUAAGACUGUUCAUCUGGUUGAGUUGUUUGCCAGAUCUACUUCCUGUUGCUUGGAUAUCUAAGAGAAUCAGUUUGGACUUUGGAUCAAUUGUUACCUCUCCUUUGAGUUCUUGAAUGAUGGGUUCUUAUAUGAAUUUUAAGAACUUUGGAGACACACCACAGGCAGAAGGCAGUGGGGGUAAGCCAGCAGGGAAUUUCUCGCUGGCACGACAGUCUUCCAUAUACUCUUUAACCUUUGAUGAGUUACAAAACACUUUGGGUGGACAUGGAAAGGAUUUUGGGUCUAUGAACAUGGAAGACCUUCUGAAAAACAUUUGGACGGCCGAAGAGACUCAAGUCAUGGCAUCCUCCACUGUUGGAGGAGAAGGGGGUAUCCCUGGUGGGAAUUUGCAAAGACAGGGCUCCUUAACAUUGCCAAGGACACUUAGUCAGAAAACUGUUGAUGAAGUCUGGAGAGACUUGCUUUACGAAAGCGGUAGUGUAAAGGAUGGGAGUGGCAGUGGGAUCCCCCACUUGACUCAGAGAGAACCAACUCUAGGAGAAAUUACAUUGGAGGAGUUCUUAUUGAGAGCAGGGGUAGUGAAAGAAGAUAUUCAACCAAUUGCAAGACCAAACAAUGCGGGAUUUUAUGGUGAAAUGUCAGGACUGAACAACAACAACAACACCGGUUUCUUUCUAGGAUUUCAAGAACCAGUUCGCAACCAUGGAGUGUUGGCUAACCAAAUUGGGGAGAAUAAUAAUGUGGUUCAGAACCCAUCUCCUAAUAUAGGGCUGAAUGUUGGUGGAGUCAGAACUUCUCAGCAACAACUGCAGUCACAACCGAAUCAGCACCCACAACCACUCUUCCCCAAGCAACAAACUGUGGCGUUUGCCUCUCCUAUGCAUUUAAACAACCAGCUUCCUAGCCCAGGAACGAGGAGUCCAAUUGUUGCAAGGGCAGAUCCUUCUAUGAACACUGCUCUAGUCCAAGGUGGUGUCAUACAGAGUGGAGCAAUGGGCAUGUCUGGUAUGGUUACUGGGGUUAAGACAAUUGCAGGAGGUUCUCCUGCAAACCAGUUAUCUCCAGAAGUGAUCGCUAAGAGAAAUUUAGUUGCAUCAUCACUAUUACCUUCUCCUUAUGCUUUUAGUGAAGGUUUACGAGGAAGGAAAAGCAGUAACAAUUUUGAGAAAGUGGUAGAGAGAAGGCGUAGGAGAAUGAUUAAAAACAGAGAGUCUGCUGCAAGGUCACGAGCUCGGAAGCAGGCCUACACUGUAGAAUUGGAAGAAGAAAUUGCAAAACUUAAGGAAAUUAACCAAGAGUUGCAGAAGAAACAGGAAGAAUAUGCAGAGAAGCGAAAAAAUCAGAUCAAGGAGAAGAUGAUUAUUCCAUGGGGAGGUAAACAACGUGGCCUGAGGAGAACAUUUACGGGACCUUGGUAAAACAAAUGGUGGUGAGAGUAUGGAAACACCUGGCGCUUGCUAAAAUCCGAUCAAAAUCUUGUUCCACACAUCAUAGUUAGGUGCAUGUAUAGAAGAAGCAAAGGGUGUCCUGCUGUAAUAUAUGAACCUGGGAUUAGAUGAAUCUUAUAUAGAUUAAGUUUUUCUAUUUGUGUGAUAUAUGUUUGCUUCUUGGUUUAGUGCUGAUGCAGGGUAUUGGCACUUGUGGAACUUGUCUAAUUUCAGGAGUAUUUAUGACCUUAGCAUCUUUGAAUGGCUAUGGCAUACUCUUUGCAUC